GGACACUGAGAACCACCCGUCACCUGAACCAUUUCUUUCGCACCUUGAACUUCAACUCCAUACAGCAACAGCUACCACUCAUUGCAUUCCUCAAACGCAUCGCGUCGUCCAUGACUGAGCAGUCUACACUCCUACUGGCGAAGCAGCUCAAAGAGCUGACGAAGAAUCCCGUGGAGGGUUUCUCCGCCGGCCUCCUUGACGAUAACAACAUCUACGAAUGGGAGAUCAUGAUCAUGGGACCGCAAGAUACACUCUAUGAGGGAGGAUUCUUCAGGGCGAUCAUGACCUUCCCUCAAGACUAUCCAUUGAUGCCACCAAAGCUCAAGUUCACAACAGACAUAUAUCAUCCCAAUGUAUAUCCCGAUGGUGAGGUCUGCAUCUCCAUUCUGCAUCCCCCCGGCGAAGACAAGUACGGGUACGAGCAGGCGAACGAACGCUGGUCACCAGUGCACACCGUGGAGACUAUCUUGGUCAGCGUCAUUUCCAUGCUAUCUAGCCCGAACGACGAGAGUCCUGCGAACAUUGAGGCCGCUAAAGAGUGGCGCGACAGUUACGCGUCUUACAAGAAGAAGGUGCAACGAAUUGCAAGGCGUUCGGCGGAGGAUAUGUGAAGAAGCAUCAGUGCAUUCGGGCGGCGUAUGGACAUAUCCUCACUGAGAGAUAGCUGUCAUUGAAUAAAACUGUUAAUGCCACAACCA